AUGCAGUGUCCUCUCUGUCGGACACUCGUCGGGUCUUCGUAUCCAAAUGAGUUGUUCAGAGCAAGCACCGUCUCUUUCUGUCGCUGCUUCAAAGUGCAUCCGAUUCACGAUUGGUCGCAAUCAAGCGCAAUAGCCUCGGAUUCGAACCGUCCAUCAGUUACCCAGCCAGACCACGCAAAUGGCAUCAGGCAGACGAUAGAACAUAUGAGAUGUAUUCAUCCCAUUUCGUUCGGUGGUGAUAAAGAGACUACUGGCAGUCGACUUCCCACAAUCAUACGAGUACACAUGACGUUUCCAUUGCAGUUCACACAGCACCCCUUGCGGGACUCGAACCCGACUUGCGCUAGAGCAGCGUAUAAUGUGGCUACCAGUGUCACGGGGUAG